UAUUAAAUAUCGACAGUUAGAGUUGGUUCGGUGAAAUUUAUUUCUCUGUCUCUCUCCCAGCGUCCCCCUUCUUUAUAAAUCUUUCCUCCACCAUGACUUUCUCACGUGCCCUCCUCCUUUCUUCUUCUUUCCACCACCACCGCCAUUAAUACAAACACUCUCAUCUGCUUCUUCUCUCUCUCAUCAAUGGAGUCUCUCAUCGACCCUAGCCAUGGCGAUUCUCACUCUUCUUCUCUCGACAGUCUCAAACCUAGUGUCUUAGUCAUCAUCCUCAUCCUCCUCAUGACUCUCCUCAUCUCCGUCUCCAUCUGCUUCCUCCUCCGCUGUCUCAACCGCUGUAGCAGCCACCACUCUCCUCUCUCUCCCUCUACCACCUCCUCCUCCGAGUCACUCCGAUUCUCUAACCGCCGAGUCUCUCCCGAAACGGAGCGUUCCUCGGUGCUCGACUCGCUCCCGGUUUUCAAAUUCUCCUCCGUCACUCGCCGAUCUAGCGCCUCUAACUCCAGCGACUGCGCCGUUUGUUUGUCGAAGUUCGAGCCGGAGGAUCAGCUCCGUCUUCUGCCUCUAUGCUGCCACGCGUUCCACUCUGAUUGUAUCGAUAUCUGGCUCGUGUCGAAUCAAACGUGUCCUCUCUGUCGUUCUCCUCUGUUCGCGUCGGAGUCUGAUCUCAUGAAGGCGCUUAACACCUCCGCGUCUCUAGGAAACAACGGCGGAGGAGGAGAUAACAGUUUCCGUCUCGAAAUCGGAUCUAUCAGCCGUCGCAACAAUCCCACUCCGGAAUCCGGCGACCAGCACCGGUCUUACUCUAUCGGCUCGUUCGAUUACAUAGUCGACGACGUGGAAUCCGAAAUCUCUGAGUCAAACUUCAACGGCACAAACGCAUCGCGAAAGCAGGAAGGUGCAACUGCGACUGCGGUUGCGGUUACGACGUCGGAUUCUAAUGCGGCGUUUGAAGAGAGUUUGGCGGGGGAGAUAGGUAACGAGGGUUCAAGAAGCUGGCUUAAGGAUUACGUGGACAGACUCUCGCGUGGUGUUUCGUCUCGUGCGAUGUCGUUUAGAAGCUCCGGGAGAUUUUUUACCGGGAGUAGUAGGCGGAGCGAGGAAAUGGCGGUGGUGGAUAUAGAAGCGAAUAGUGCCGGAGAGGAGAUAAGCGAGCUUUUCCGGUGGCUUUCAGGUGUGUGACUACGAUGAGUGAGUCUCACGUUUUAUUCAUUCACUUGGGUCUGCACAUAUACAGUGUCUGAAGACUUUUCUUCAGUUACGGAUAUUUUUUUGUUUGGUUUUGCCAUUUUCCGGUCAUAUAAGAGAUUGGAUUUUCUAAUCAUAAAUGAUAUAUUAAUGGUCUAUUGUAAGGC